CGGUAGCACCUCCCUGAGCCUCCGCUGAACAGACCCAGCCCUCGGCCUCUCCUCGUGGGAGUCGUACCGCUCCGUUCAGCUGUGUGUGGGGCUGUGCUGUGCUCCUGCCCGUGUUUCCCUUGUACCCGGGGCCCGGCGUCGGGCUGCGGCCCCACCAGUGCUGAGCAGAGGGCGAGGAUCACCUCUGUUGACCUGCUGGUGACACGUGGCCCAGGGAUGGCUUCCUUCGCAGCAAGGGGGGGCACGCUGGGUCUCUAAGGUCUUCUUCUGGAGAGCCGCCCUCCACCUGGGCGGCCCAGCACCACUGCUGCUGGGGUUGUUCCUUCCCGAGUACGAUUACCUGCCCCUAUCCGUGGUGAACUUUAUUAGGUUUUUGUGAGCAAAGCUCUCUGGCCUGGCACGAUCCCUCUGGGUGACUGCCUGGCCCUCUGGUGGUGCAUCAGCAGCUCCCCCUGGGUUCACGUGGAUUUACUGAGUGCACUUUGCCCCACCACCCGAAUCUUUCAUGAAGAUACUGAGCGGGGCUGGGUGCAGUAUUGACACCUGGGGUAUCCUGCUCAGUACCGCCCCGCAGCCGCACUCUGUACCACUUACUGCUGCCCUCUGGGCCCUGCUGUUCGGACAGUUUUUGAUCUAGCUGACUGCCCAUCCAGCCCAUGCUUCAAGAGCUUCACCGUGAGUAUUUUCUGGGAGUCAGAAGUCUGGGAAGACAGUAUGCACUGCUCCCAUCUCAUCCAUCAGGACAGUGAUUUCAUUAUAGAAGCUUAUCAGAUUGGACAAGGAGGAUUUCCCCUUGCUGAAUCUCUGCUGACUACUACACUUGAUUUUCUUCUCUUUCACAUGCCUGGAAAUGGUUUUUAAGAAUAGCUGUGACCUUCCCUGGGAAUCUCAGCCUUUUGCUGUACGUACUGUGCCUGGGGUUGUUCCUUCCCAGGUGCAGCUCCCUGUCCUCCUCCUUGUUGAACUUCAUGAAGUUUUUGUCUGUAAACUUCCCCAGCCUGUUAGGAUCCCUCUGGAUGGCUGUAUGAGCCCCUGGUAAAUAAGCUGCUCCUCCCAGUCUUCUUUUGAGCCCAGUGUUUCUAUUAUAUUAGCAGCAUUCUCUGAUUGGAACUUAGUCUUUGGCUCCAACUUGAGUCACAGGGAAAAGGAUAGAAACAAAGCUGAGCAUAUCCAGGCUGUGCUGGUAUUGAAAAGUUAGUGAGAAAAGAGCUUUUUUUUUCUUUUUCUUUUUUUUCUGGCUGUGCUCUAUGUUUGUGGUCAGUUAGCAGAGUUUUCUUUUGUGGGGUGGAAGACAAUUAACUUCAGGACAUUUUCUUUGAUUCUUCAGCUUUGUCAACUUCCUUGGAUAUUGGGCUGAGUAACUGGAGCUUCCUGUAUGUCACCGUCUCCCUCUACACGAUGACCAAAUCCUCUGCCAUUCUCUUCAUCCUGCUGUUUUCACUGCUCUUCAAGCUGGAGGAAAUGAGGGUGGCAUUGGUGCUGGUGGUUGUGCUCAUCGCUGGGGGGCUCUUCAUGUUCACCUACAAGUCCACGCAGUUCAACACCCAGGGCUUCAUGCUGGUGCUCUGUGCCUCUUUCCUUGGGGGUGUUCGCUGGACUCUCACACAGAUCCUUAUGCAGAAGGCUGAGCUGGGGCUCCAGAACCCCAUUGAUAUCAUGUUUCACCUGCAGCCACUCAUGUUCCUGGUGCUCUUCCCUCUGUUUGCAGUGUUUGAGGGCCUGCCUUUGUCCGUAUCAGAGAGGCUCUUCCAUUUCCAUGAAGCAGGAGUGACGUUCUGUAUGGUAGGAAAGCUGUUGUUGGGUGGAAUUCUUGCCUUUGGCCUAGGCUUUUCUGAGUUCCUCUUGGUUUCCAGAACAUCUAGCCUCACCCUUUCUAUUGCUGGUAUUUUUAAGGAAAUCUGUGUUUUAUUCCUUGCCACACACUUGCUGGGAGACCGCCUCAGUCUCUUGAACUGGCUUGGCUUUGCUGUCUGUCUGUCAGGAAUCUCCCUUCAUGUCAUUCUCAAAGCUGUAAAUUCCAGAGGUGAGAAAACACUGAAUCUACACAAAGAGACGUACUCUGAGCCUGACCUGGAGCUGCUGCUGCACCACGCUGAACAUGGGGAGGAGGAAGAAGAUGUUGGAACCCUACAAGAACACUGAAUGAACGUGAAGCAGAGUCCCCUGCUCUGUUCUUACCAGGUCUGUCUGACAACUGCCUAGGAAGAAGGUCCAAGAUUCUCUGUCUUUGACUUUCCAAAGGGGAACGAGGGUCCAGCGAGAGUCCUGCAGUUGUACUGCAGUGUGAAUCCAUGGAUGCUGCAUAGAAAACAAGGAAUACCCUUUGCUGGAGAGCAAACUUGGAAGAUGAAUCCCAGUUCAGCAGAAGUAAAUGGUGAGACUGGGAAAUGCUAUAGAAAACUUUCUAGGGAAUCCUGAAGGCUUUAUAUUGAGAUUGUAGACCAUGAGCUGCCGAUCAAGUAUGGACAUGUCUGGACUGCAGGCUGAGUGGUUCCAGGAUGGUUUUAGUGGUGUUUAGGCUUUAGCUCCAAAGAGGAAGGUAGGUGCAUCUUCUGUGCUUGUUUUGUGGUUCUGGCAAAUGGGAGCUCCUGUCUUUGUGGGAGCAGAUAAUUGCAUGUAAUUCCCAAGACUCGUCCCAGUGAGAAAGGGCCUUUGUGCCUGGUGACCUUCGUGUGUGUAUGUAAGAGAGGAGUACUCACCUAUCUGCUGGUAUUUGGGACCAAUCAGAGUCAGCUAAAUUAUGUUGGGCAGAGAAGGAACGAGGGUGCAGGGAGUCCUGCUGGCCCUACAACCAAGGGGGGAGAGGGUGCAUCUAGCUUGUGCAGUAAGCUUUUCAGAAAGUAUGUGAGUAUUUUUUAUGUUCGGUUGGUUGGUUUUGGCGGUUUGGUUUUUAUUUUCAAUAAACUAGUUUUCUGAUUCCC